ACCGUCCGGACCGGAGAGUCUUCUUUCUGCGCCGCGGAGCCAAAAACCGCAAACAGCUGCGGCGUUUUUCCACUCCGAAGAUGAAGCGAACAACGUUCCUGCUGGCGUUGGCAGCCGUCCUGAGCAUCUGCUGGGCUCAGUCGGACUCCGGAGGUGAGGAGGCGGCCGUGGAGGAGGAACAUGUGGAGCUCUUUACCACGCCCGCCACCAAGAUGGGCGCCGCCACCUCAGACUUCGGCUACAACCUGUUCCGGGCUUUGACGAGCCGCGAAACUUCGGCCAACCUGUUUCUGUCUCCGAUCAGCGUGUCUGCGGUUCUGACCCAGCUGUCCAUGGGGGGCUCUGAGAACGCCCAGAGGCAGCUGUACCGGGCUCUCCGGUACCACACCCUGCAGGACCCCCAGCUCCAGAACACCCUGAAGAACCUGCUGGCCUCGGUGAACUCCUCAGGCAAAGGCCUGAGCUCAGCCGCUCGGCUCUAUGUGACGCGACGACUCCGUCUGAAGCAGGACUUCUUCAAGCUGGUGGAGCAGCAGUAUGGCGUCCGCCCCAAGGCGCUGCUGGGCGGAGCCAAAGACACAAAGGAGAUCAACGAUUGGGUGUCUCAGCAGACGGGAAGGAAGGUCCAACAGUUCCUGACCAAGGCUCUCCCUCGAACCGCCGGCAUCAACGCCAUCAGCGCCGCCUACUUCAAAGGGGGAUGGGUGACCCGCUUCAGUCAGGGCGGAGUUCAGCAGGACUUCCAGGUGGAAAACGGGGCUCCGGUCCGUGUUCCCAUGAUGCAACAGGAUAACUACCCGGUGAAGAUGGGUGUGGACUCUGACCUGAGCUGCACUAUUGCUCAGAUCCAGAUGCAGAACGAUAUCAGCAUGUUUGUCUUCCUGCCCGAUGUCGUGACGACCAACACCACGCUGCUGGAGGAGAGUCUGACGGCCGAGUUCGUUCAGGACCUCUCUAUGGCGCUGCAGCCGGCUCGGGUGUCCCUGACGCUGCCUGUCCUGAGGCUUAGUUACUCCACCGACCUGCUGCCGCUGCUUGGCGACCUAGGCCUUAAUGACUGGCUGGACAACCAAGAACUGGAGAAGAUCUCUGUCCAGUCGGCCAAGCUCACCAGCAUCAAUCAUAAGGUUGUCAUGGAGACGGCGCCCGAAGGAGCCCAGUACCCCAGCGCCGUCUCAGUGCCCUCCCACCUGACGUACCGAGUGGACCGACCGUUUGUCUACCUGAUCCGAGAUGAACCGUCAGGAGCACUGCUGUUCAUCGGGAAGGUGGUCAACCCCAAAGACCUGACAAUUUAA